AUGCGAAAAGGAGAUUUUCAAUCAUCAGACCAGAAAAAGGAAGCUCUAGCUCUCAUGGAACAAGCUGGCUGUGAUAUUCAUCAGUCUUGUGGACCUGAAGAAUGGGCGAAAUUACAACAAGUGUUAUAUCCUCAACAUCGACUGAAAAUAUUUCAGAUCAAGUCUACCUCCUCCUCUAAACUCAUUUUUGAGCCCAUUUACAAAGGCUACGGAGACGGAAUUUUUAUAAAUGUUCUGUUAAAAGAUCAUCAUUAUCAUGCCAUUUUAUCCAUGCCAGCUUUGACAGGGUGUCAAUACUAUUGUAAUCAUUGCGAUGUGGGCUGCAGAAACAUCACAGACCAUCGAUCCAAAUGUCCUUUUCGAUGUGAUUUUUGUUUAGCGAACACCUCAUGUCCUAAUGACGGGAGCCAGAUUACAUGUGCUCAUUGCCAAGGAUUUUUUAAGAACAGACCUUGUUACGAAAAUCAUUUACGACCUUACAGUAAAAAUACGACCACAUCCAUCUGCAAUUUAAUGGGACGAUGCCAACAAUGUGAGAAAUGGCUGGCUAAAACUUUACUCGCUCAUCACUUAUGCGGAGGACAGAAACAAUGUAAGAUCUGUAAGAGAAUCGUAGAAAAUGAUCAUCAGUGCUACGUUCAACAGAAACCUCCCAAAAAGAAAGAAAAAGAGGAAUUACAGUUUUACAUUUAUUUCGAUUUCGAAUGUAUGCAGGAAAACGGUAUUCACGUCCCUAAUUUAUGUGUGGCACAUCGGGUCUGUCAACAUUGUGGGCAUUUACCCAUUGAGGAUCCUUGUCCUCAUUGUCAACACAUGGGACCCCGUCAACACGUGUUUCAAGGAUCAAAUACUUUAAAAGACUUCAUGGACUGUUUAUUACAAACCACCCCCAAAGGGAAUAACCAAUCUGUUUUUUUACACGACCAGGCCAUCAUCAUUGCUCACAAUUUCAAAGGAUACGACGGACAGUUCAUUUUAAAUCACCUGGUGCAUUCUGCUUGCAUUAAACCCACCGUCAUCCAGAACGGGAAUCAAUACAAUCCGGACGACAUGACUAUUAGCGGACGACAAGCAUUUUUUCAAUGGUACGACCAACAAGCCGGAAAAGUGUUUGAUUUCCAGAAGGAAUUUUUAGAGUAUUGUAUUUCCGACGUCGAUAUUUUACGACGAUGUUGUGCCCAGUUUAGAGCCACCCUCAAGAGUUUAGUGAAUGUAGAUCCCUUUCAGGAAUCUAUCACUUUUGCCAGUGCAGCCAAUUUAGCUUACCGUCGAGGAUUCAUGCCCGAAGAUACCAUUGCCAUCAUUCCUAACCUGGGAUAUCAACCUGCUCGUCAAUAUUCGGCCAAAGCCUGUCGAUGGUUAACCUGGUGGAGUCAAAAAACCGGAUCUCACAUCCAACAUGCGAGAAACGAAGGAGAACUCAAGAUCGGAAAUUAUACUGUAGACGGAUACCAGAAAGAUACUUGCACCGUCUAUGAAUUUUUUGGAUGUUAUUGGCACGGAUGUCCCACCUGCUAUCCCAAGCUACAGACCGAAACUCAUCCUCACCGGACUCAAUAUACUUACCAACAAUUAUAUGAAGAAACUUUAAGAAGGAAAUCGGUUUUAGAGGAAAUGGGGUAUUCCGUACAUAGUAUCUGGGAGCAUGAAUUUGAUGAACAAGUGCAAGGAAACAAGGUUUUACAGAAUUAUUUAUCAACCCUAAACAUACCAGAUCCUUUAAACCCCCGAGAGGCUUUGUACGGAGGUCGGACCAAUGCGACUAAAUUAUUUUGUGAGGAAGGAGAUAUGAGAUACAUAGACGUGUGUUCUCUCUAUCCUUACGUGUUAAAACACAGAGCUUUUCCUGUAGGGCAUCCUCAGAUCAUUACCGACCAAUUCCAGGACGUCCGAUCUUAUUUCGGACUCAUUCACUGCAGGGUCUUACCACCUCGAGGCCUCUAUCACCCGGUUUUACCUUAUCGCACGGGAGGCAAGUUAUUAUUUCCCUUAUGCCGAACAUGUGCAGAACAACAGGACUCUAAACAUCGAUGUCAACACACAGACCAGGAACGCAGUCUCACAGGUACCUGGGUGACGACCGAAUUACACAAAGCCUUGGACAUGGGGUAUACUUUAGAGCAGAUUUACGAAGUUUGGCAUUUUCCAGAAAGCAGUACAGAUUUAUUCAGACCUUACAUCGAUACUUUUUUAAAGAUCAAACAAGAAGCUUCUGGAUUUCCACCCGAGUGUCAGACGGAAGAACAGCAACUAAAUUACAUUCAUCAAUUCUUAGAAAAAGAAGGAAUUAGAAUGGACCGGUUAAGUAUCGAAAAAAAUCCAGUGCGAAGAACGAUAGCCAAACUCUUUUUAAAUUGUCUGUGGGGAAAAUUUGCUCAACGUCUGUUAUUACCGAAAACGAAAUACUUGGAUGAAGAAGAGGAAUUACAAGAACUCUUACAAGAUUUGACCAUUGACAUCAAAGGGAUCCAACUCUUAGAAAAUAAAGAGAAGGCGGAAUUAGACAUGAUGUUAAGAAAUCGGGUCCUUUAUUUCGAUACGGAUAGUAUCGUGUACCAACAUAAGGAAGGACAAUUCAAUCCGACCCUUGGCAAUAGUUUAGGAGAAUGGACCGAUGAAUUGGACGGGGAUCACAUCAUUAAAUUCAUGUCAGGAGGUCCCAAAAAUUAUGCUUACCUUACUGCCAAAGGAAAAUCCAUCCUUAAAGUGAAAGGAUUAACUCUCAAUUUUCGGGCCUCCAAUAUCGUGUCACCAGAGACAUUAGAAAAAAUGCUCAAGAAAGAAAUGGAUGAAGUCACAGUGUCUUAUCCUUAUAAAAUACAGAGGACCCGAGAUCAUCAAGUCAAGACAGUACCUUUAGAUAAAAAGUAUAGAAUUGUCUAUGACAAGAGACAGAUCUUGAAAGAUUAUAACACGAUACCUUAUGGUUAUUAA